AUGUCGAGGAUCGAGAAGCUGUCCAUCUUGGGCGUGCGCUCAUUCAGUCCCCAUGAGCAGCAGGCCAUCGCUUUUAACACACCGCUCACCCUGAUUGUCGGGUACAAUGGUUCGGGCAAGACGACUGUGAUCGAAUGCCUCAAAUAUGCCACCACGGGUGAGCUCCCGCCCAACAGUAAAGGCGGUGCCUUUAUCCAUGAGCCUGAGCUGGAAGGCGAAAAGGAUGUGCGCGCCCAGGUCAAGGUGUCGUUCAGAUCAACCAUAGGAGAGCAGUAUGUCUUGACUCGCAAUGUGCAAUUGACAGUCAAAAAGACCACAAGAUCGAUGAAGACGCUGGAAGGCAGUCUUCUUCUGAGGGGCCAGGCUGGAGGAAAAUCCUCGGACCGUCAUGUCAUUUCCACCAGAGUAAUGGAGCUGGACAAGUUGGUCCCAGAGAAGCUUGGUGUUUCGCCAGCCGUGCUUGAGGCCGUCAUUUUCUGCCACCAGGAUGAGUCCAUGUGGCCCAUGAGCGAACCCUCGGCUCUGAAGAAGCGGUUCGAUGAAAUCUUCGAGGCCAUGAAAUACACCAAGGUAAUCGACAAUCUCAAAGUGCUCCGCAAGAGAAAGGGAGAAGAGCUGCGAGAAUUGAAAAUUCAAGAGACGCAAGACAAGGUCAACAAGGAGAGAGCCGACAAGGUUGGCAGGCUCAUAAUACAAAUGAGCCAGGAGAUUGAAGAAGCGCAGACAAAAUGCAGCGAUAUCCUCAAGCAAAUGGGAGCCAAGGCCAAGGAAAUCAAGGACAAGCACGAACAGGCCAACAGUUUCUUGAAGAUUGUGAACGACCUGCAAAACAAGACCGAGAAGCUCGAAUACAAGAGCGAAGCUAUCAGGGAACUACGGAGCCGUAUCGAAGAACUGCCGGAUAGUGAUGAUGUACUGCGGAACACUCUGGCUGAGUAUGCGCAGACAAUAGAGAGGACUGUGGCCGACAGAGAUAGGAAGCAGGCACAGCAACAGGAGCUCCAAGCGGAUCUAAAGCAGUCUCGGGACAGGCAUACGGCCAAAGUUGCCGAACAGGGCAAACAUCAAUCCGAUAAGGACAAGUAUGAGCGCCAACUGGCCACAAGAGAUCGAAUGGUUCACGAGGCGGCCGAGCGCCACGAGAUUCGCGGCUACGAUGGAGACCUGGACGGUGAUCUGAUCGAGUCUUUUUACGAACGUAUCCAGAAGGCCCUCAACGACAAAAAGCGCGAGCUGGAGCGGCUCCAAAAGAGCAAUGCUGAAGAACUGGACAAGAAGAGCUCUGUCAUUGCUGAGCUUGAAGGCCGGAAACAAUCACUGAACCGGGAUCGGGCCUCAGCAAAACAACGCAUCAUGGCCAUUGGGAGGGAGUCGGCCACCGUUCAAGGCGAACUUGGUUCUCUCGACGUGGACGAGGGCUCUGAGGCUGCUCUUCGUGCAGAAAUGAAAGAAGUCGAGGCAAGGAUUGAGGCAGCAAAGGCCGACGAACAAUCUGCGGACCUCGACGACCAGAUCAAAAAGGUCCAGGAUGAGAUCUGGCAACUGGAAACUCAAGCUGCCAAGCUCGGGCGGGAACUGGUUGAAUGCACCAGACUGGCGUCUGAGCGUGCACAGCUUGAUCUGCGCAAGAAGCAGCUGACUGACCGACGGCGCGAUCUUGAUAUUCUCAAGAAUACCUGGUCUGAGCAGCUGUCGGCGCUUCUGGGCGCAAACUGGACACCGGACACUGUCGAAGCUGACUUUCAGAGCGCCUUGAGAAAGCAGGACGGUGUUGUUGCCGAAGCCAGAAAACAGAAAGACGCCACGCAGCAAGAACUAAAGCAGGUCGAGUACAAGCUGUCCACCACUCGGGACCGGCACACCAAGCUUUUAACAGAGAUGAAGAGCUGCCAACGUGACGUUUUGAAAGCACUACGUGCCACCAGGGACGAGAACGACCCUGAGCACCCCCCUAUCGACAACUACGAGGCGCAGACAAAGCACGUAGAGACGGAGCUUGCUCAGAUCGAGUCCGAUCUCAAGUUGACUGAAGAGAUGAAGACCUACUACACCAAGGUCAAGACAGUUGCCGAAAAGCACAACAAGUGCAACCUUUGCGACCGAGAUUUCCACAACCAGGAAGACGUAAAGCGGAGGGUCUUCAACAAGAUUGCCAAGGCACUUGGCGAUGAAGUGAAGCAGGAGUUGGAGGCGGACAAGGCAGAUUUCGCUGCUCGUUUGAGGCAGUUGAAAGCUGUGCGUGCCCAGUAUGAUACCUAUGGACGUCUCGAAAAGGAGGUGCCUACCCUGUCCGCGGAGCUCAAUGUCUGCACAACCCAAAAGGAAGACCUGGUGCGGCGGCUGGAGGACAAGGACCUCGCCUUUGGCAAGGCGGAAGAGCAACGACGGGAGAUGGACUCCCUCAGCAAGAAUGUUUUGAAGAUUUCUCAAAAUCACAAAGACAUCCAGGAAGCCGAGAGGCAGGUCGAGCGGUCGCAGCAAUCUUCAAGCGUGACCACACGCAGUCCCGACGAAAUCAACGAGGAGCAGACCACCUAUGCGGAGCAGACUCGUGUCGCGCAGACCAGACUCAACAAGCUCACUGUCGAGAGACAGCGACUCAAGGAUUUGGCUUCGCAGCUCGAGGUGGAGAGGCUUGAGUUGAGACACAAGAUAGCCACUGCGGCCCAGCAACUUGAGCGGAAGAAGAGUCUUCAAGACCAAAUUCGUCGGUUCAAGGAGGAACAAGCACAGCUCCGCGAGUCGGUUCAGACUGCUGACAAUGAUCUGGAAGCCCUCGAGCCCGAGAUGGCCACCGCACGCUCUGCCCUUGACGAAGUGCGGCAACACGGUCGGGCCAAGGAGCAAAACGUCACAGAGAAGCGCGAUGCUAUCGGGGGCACUGUCAGUGAGCUCAGGAUGAUUAACGGUGAAAUCCAAGAGUAUCUCGAGCGUGGCGGCCCCUCGAAUCUAGCUUCCAACCAGCGCGCCAUUACCACGCUGGAGGCAACUAUUGCCAGCAUUGAGGCUGAGAUGAAGGAUUUGACCGUGCAGAUCAACAAGCUGAAUAAGGAGAUUGACAACAGCGACGCCAAGAAGAGAAACAUCUCCGACAAUCUCACCUACCGCAAGAACCUCCGCGAGCGUGUCGCUCUUCAACAGGAGAUUGAGGAGCUCAAAUCCCGCAAAGCCGAGGAAGACUACCAGCGUCUCAGCCUCGAGGCGCGCAUCCUCGAAGAUCAACGAGGCCUGUUGACGGCGGAGCGGGAACGGUUGAUGGGCAGCGUGGCGUCGAAGGACGACCAGCUGAGCCGGCUGCAAGAAGAAUAUGAUCUCGACCUCAAGGGCGCCAAGGCCAAGUACAAGGAAUCGCACAUCAAGGUUGAGACGACCAAGGCAGCUAUUGACGACCUUGGCCGGGGCACCAUGGCUCUCGACCAUGCCAUUAUGCAAUUCCACUCUCUCAAAAUGGAGGAGAUCAACCGCAUCAUCGGCGAGCUCUGGAGGGAGACGUACCAAGGCACAGACAUUGACACGAUCCAGAUCCGGUCCGACGUAGAGUCGGGUGCCGGUUCGGGAGGCGGCGGCAAGCGCAACUACAACUAUCGGGUUUCGAUGGUCAAGGGCGACACGGAGAUGGACAUGCGCGGGCGGUGCUCGGCAGGCCAAAAGGUGCUGGCGAGCAUCAUCAUCCGGCUGGCGCUGGCCGAGUCGUUUGGCGUCAACUGCGGCCUGAUCGCGCUGGACGAGCCGACGACCAACCUCGACAGCGACAACAUCCGCAGCCUGGCGAGCAGCCUGCACAGGAUCAUCAAGGCGAGGCAGUCGCAGGGGAACCUGCAGCUGAUUGUGAUCACCCACGACGAGGAGUUUUUGAAGCACAUGCGGUGCCAGGACUUUUGCGACACGUUUUACCGGGUGGAGCGCAACGCGAGGCAGAACAGUGUUAUUCGGGUGGAAAACAUCACGAGGAUCUCCGAAUAA